AUGAGGUGGCUCGGAUUGUUGUGGAAGGCUCCGGGCGGGAUCUUGCAGAAAAGGUUGGACCAUAACUUCGAUCGUCCGGCUGCGGCGACGUCGACCAACACGAGGCAAAGCGACUUGGUGCGGGUGAUGGCGACGUUGAGUCUUUCCGGGCUCUCGAUGAAGUCCGGAUCGGCGGUGGCGGUUCCAUCUGGAGUCUUGUUCCCCAAAAGCUGGGGUGUCGUCGAGUUCUCUUGCUACGUAUCCGGCCUGGGCUUUGUAGUAGGUGAGGAUGUCCACCGACGCCUUUUCUUCUCUUGCCAGCACUCGUGA